AUGAAACCGUGUCAGAAAAUUGAAGAAAAACCAGACAAUGAGAAUGAACCAAAGCUGGAGGAAGAGCCAAAGCCUGAGGAAAAGCCAGAGGAAGAGGAAGAACCAGAGGAGGAGGAAAACGCAGAAGAAACUUUUAGAGAAAGGCUGAUUCAAUCUCUCCAGGAUUUUAAAGAAGAUAUACAUAACAGGCAUUCCAGCAAUGAGCAUAUGUUUAGGGAAGUGGAUGAAAUAGAUGAGAUAAGGAGAGUAAGAAACAAAGUUAUGGUGAUGCAUUGGAAGGUCAAUAGAAACCAUUCUUACCCUUAUUUGAUGUAG